AUGGAACUCACAUAUGAGCCCAUUCGGCGAAUAGGUCUCGCUUGCACCAAUUGUCGCCGGAAGAAAGCUCGCUGCACUGGAGAGCGACCAGUCUGCAGACGCUGCCGCCGAAGCGGACUCGAAUGUCGGUUCGCCAAAGAUGCUCCUGUCGAUGCUCAGCCGACUCCUCGCAGGCGGUCGUCUACUGCCUCCGAGCAGGGUGAUGAAGCUCAAGGUCGCGGCAGCUCGGACCGCCAGCGAGUGAACGGCAAUCCGAACAGUGACCUCGAAUGGAUUAAAGCUCGUUUUGAUAGUCUGGAACAUCAGCUAGGUGAGAUUGAGAGCAAGCUCGAUGCAAUUGCUUCUGCUAGUCACGCUCCUCAGUCGCCUGCGUCAGCUACGGUGACUACCAGUCCGAAAGGCUCCUACUCCCUCCCAUCAUCAUCCACCUUCCAGUCUAUCCUGGACAUAUACUUCACCUUCUGCCACAAUCAGCCUUACUCCUUCUUCCACGCGAGUAGCUUACGGCAAAAGCACUUCGAUGGCCAGUUGCCAGAGUAUGUGAUUUGCGCUAUUCUAGCGACCUCAAUGCGCUUCGCUACUGGCCUUCUAGCUAGCUCUGACUGUCGAUUCUCCGCCGAAGCGUGCGCAGACCGCGCAUGGCAGCUGCUAGCGCCGUUAUGCUUCGGAGAUCUUGAGCACGGAGACGUUUCCGUGGUGCAAGCUGUCACAUUGUUGAGUAUCUUCGACUUCACUUCCGGUCAGAAACGACAUCGACUGGCUUGGGUCAAACUCGGGGUUGCCGUACGUGUUGCACAAGAACUGCGGCUUAUGAAUGAAGCAACGACUCCAAUCUCGUAUAUUGAGCAGGAAGAAAGACGACGAACUUUCUGGUCUCUUUAUCUCCUUGGCCGCCUGAUCACAUGUGGUAGGGACAGACCAGCGGCCAUGCCAGAUAGAUCAUGCACUCUUCAUCUGCCGAGUAGUGAGCAUUCCUGGGACAUCGGACUUGAGGAACCAACAUCAACAUUGGAGCAUAUUUCAAGUAGGAAAAACUGCAAAGAGUCGGACAAAAUCAACGAAUUCAAGGUAGUUGUUACGAUAGCCUCUGUCCUCGGGCGCUGUACGAGUUUGAUGCUGCAGUCCAGCAAUCAGCAACCCUGCGAUCCUCCCUGGGACCCUCGGUCGGAAUGGGCAUCUAUCUACUCCGACCUGGUGUACAUCGAAUCGGGCGUACAGUUUGUCGUCACUGCCGCUGAGCUGUUGCAGCAACGCCAAGCCUCGCCCGGAGACCUCGCGCAGAAGAACAUCGCGCCGCACUUCGUUGCUGCUAUGCUAUGCUGUCUAUGUCAUUGUCUGCUAGACCACCCGUUCUUGAUCAGAAGGUUGGUCAAGCUUAGUGGCACAGCAGGCUCGAGCAGCUUCUUCACUCGCUCGUGGAUGAGUGGACUGGAAUAUGCUCAGAAAAUGGUCACACUACUGGAUUGUAGCCGAGAGUGCGGCUAUCCCAUGCUAUGGUCGUUCAGUGGCUACUGUCUGGUGGUAGCGGGGUCUUUCCACGCCCUCAACACCGAGACAAAUGGACACUGGGAUUGCAAGGAAUCGAGAAGCUUCAAAAGCUGCAUGGACCAUCUUUCAUAUCUCACACAUCUAUGGCCCAAUGCAUCCUUGAUGAAAAGAUCGCUGUCGAACUUCCCAACAGAAGUCACCACGGUCAGGGACUUUCUGCUGAAGAACGACGAAACAAUAUUAGACGAAACACAUGAGUCAAAGGUCUUGUGGCAACUGGUAGAUUACAGCUAUCUGUCGCAAGGCAAAGAUCGGAUUGAGUCGAACUACAAUGUGGAUUCGUUGUCCGCGGAGCUCUUCGAGUGGCAAGCGGGGUUUGACGCUGGAGUGUCUCCCCUCUGGCCAGCGUAG